ACUUUCUUUGUUCGUUUCUUUCUGUUGCCCUUUACAUUCCUUUACUUUGUAGAGUAUGGACUUGUGGAGGUCUGGUUACAGUGCGCUGGGCAACUGGAUGACUGAGUUCGCCCCAGGUGUGCCCACAGAAACUGACUGGUCUCAAUCUGUGGUUGGGUCAUGGUACGUUCCUCCAUCACAGCAUGGUUUGGAAUUGAUAUGCCUCUCUCUGGUGUUUGCGCUGGGUACCACUUAUUAUGGCCUGGCUGCCUUUGGUCCCGGUCUCAACCGCAAGCUAUUGUUUAACUUUGCACCAACGAGAAAAGCCAGCCUGGUCGAGCGGACUUUGUUUGCUGCCCUGGUCAUCUCGUUGGCCACUACCUAUAUUCAUAAACUCAUUCGUGGGACCACCUUGUUCAUGCUACAACCCUGCCAUAUGAGCGCCAUCUUGUUGGUCCUUGUGAUGUCGUGGCCCGACAAAUCUUCUCCUAUACCACACGUGUUAUUCAAUAUUUAUCUCCACACUUAUUGGGGAACCAUCGCUGCCCUGCUGUUCCCUGAUCUGCGAGACCACUACUUAAUUGGGGAGACGUUCAAUUUCUUUGCCGGUGAGUUUUUCGCAACUUCGUGGAGUGAUGGAAGGUUGAACAGAAAUACUCAUUCCUUGGCAAUAGAGCACAUUAUCAUCUUGAUUUUACCUUUUUACAUGGUUUACUCUGGUCGAUACCUUGUUUUGCCCGCAUCCUCAAAAGUCGCCAUGUUUGCCUUCAUGUUGUAUGGGUUGUAUCAUUCCCCAUUGAUCCAUGUCGUGGCUCUCAAAUCGACAAUCAAUAUCAACUACAUAUUCACUCCUCCGCCAAUCGGUUUUCUGAUUGAACUAGGUGUCUUAUACCGUCCCUUUCUCUACUUCGUUGCCAUGGCCAAUAUGUUUAUCUCGCGCUAUGUCCUCAUGGGUACCGCCUUAUUUCUAUUACCUAGGAGACGUCAUGCCAAAGCCGACUAAAAAUCGCUGGCUGGCCAUACCAUUUUUUCUUUACAUACUUGAGGAUGAUUGUUUUCCUUCUCGAUUGAUUCUG